AGCAACACAAACCGCGACAGCGCCAGCAGCCCUCCCCUGUCCCCUCCCGGCCCCAGCCCUGCUGGCGAGUUUUCGCUGGCUGAAGCAAACACAACCGCCACCGUCGGCGGGACCUGCGAGCGAGCAACAGGCAGCGCUGGGGCUACGUCAGGAGGGGCGCGCGGUUUAGACUCCAGCUCUUUAAAAACGGCGUGUAAACUGAGAUGUUCCCAUAGAGAGCCGCGUGCGCCAGCAGUCGUUUGGGCUACGGCAGCAGGCGGCCUUCCAGCGCCCUCACCCACAGCUGUGCUGGCGCGCGCGCGCUGCGCCACCCUUCUCUCUCAAGUUAGGCUUGUCCUGGAAAGCUUCACACCGACCGCCUUCGCCCCCACUCCACUCCCCUUCUCGCGCCGGCAAGGGCGCCGGCUGGUUAGAUAGUUAAGGUGGGGAUGUCAGAAGCUCCUUCCAUUUCUGGAAAAGCAACUUUGCAGCCGUCGCCGUUUGCUCCCGCGCUGCUUUGGCACCAUGGACACCGCCGCGGUUGCUGCCGUCAGUGUCCGCAUGUUGCUUCUCCUCAGCUUGCUCGGGUUGCCGUCCGGACUGGGGACACGUCAAAGAAGCUGCCCGGGCUUCUGUCACUGUGAGGCAGACGGGAUGCUCCUGCGGGUGGACUGCGCCGACCUGGGCCUCACAGAUAUGCCCGCCAACCUCAGCGUCUUCACCUCUUACCUUGAUCUCAGUAUGAAUAAUAUAUCUAAACUGCCCUUGAACUCUCUGCAUAAACUCCGCUUCCUCGAAGAGCUGCGUCUGGCAGGAAAUAGCUUGACAUAUAUCCCCAGAGGAGCAUUUGCUGGACUCUUCAGACUUAAAGUAUUAAUGCUUCAGAACAACCUGUUAAGACAAGUUCCCUCUGAAGCACUUCAGAACCUACACUCUCUCCAGUCUCUACGGCUUGAUGCUAACCAUAUUAGCUUCAUACCUUCCAACUGUUUCAGCGGCUUGAUGUCACUUAGAUAUCUGUGGCUAGAUGAUAACUCUUUGACUGAAAUUCCAGCGCAAGCUUUCAGAAGUUUGCCAGCACUGCAGGCAAUGACACUUGCACUCAACAAAAUCUACUAUAUUCCAGAUUAUGCUUUUGGAAAUCUCUCCAAUUUAGUAGUGCUGCAUCUUCAUAACAAUAGAAUCAACUUCUUGGGAAAGAAAUGCUUCAGUGGCCUCCACAGCCUAGAGACUUUAGAUUUAAAUUACAACGAUCUGAAUGAAUUUCCCACGUCUGUCAAUGUCCUCAGAAACCUGAAAGAACUCGGAUUUCAUAAUAAUAACAUAAGGUCAAUACCUGAACAAGCAUUUAUGGGCAACCCAUCACUUACAGCAAUCCAUUUUUAUGAUAAUCCUAUCCAGACUGUGGGAAAGUCUGCUUUUCACCAUUUACCUGAACUCAGAACUCUAACAUUAAAUGGUGCUUCAGAGAUGACAGAACUUCCUGAUUUGACUGGAACAACAAGCCUGGAAAGCUUGAUCCUUACAGGAGCUCAGAUCACAACUCUUCCAGAAUCAAUUUGUGAGCACCUCCCUAAUCUCCAAGUACUAGACCUUUCAUAUAAUCAUCUGGAAGAAUUGCCCUGUUUUACAGCUUGUGAAAAACUUCAGAAAAUUGCUUUACAUCACAAUGAAAUAUAUGAAAUCCAUGCAGAUACAUUUCAGCAGCUGGUUGCCCUCCGUUCCCUGGAUUUAGCUUGGAAUAAAAUCUCUAUUAUUCAUGCCAAUGCAUUUUCUUCUUUAGUGUCCCUUAUUAAAAUGGAUCUAUCAUCCAACCUUUUGUCUUCUUUUCCUAUAACUGGUCUACAUGGUUUAACUCAUUUAAAAUUAACAGGAAAUUAUCCACUUCAAAGUUUGAUACCAUCUGAAAAUUUUCCAGAACUCAAGGUGAUAGAAAUGCCUUAUACUUAUCAAUGCUGUGCCUUUAGAGCCCAUGACAACUACUAUAAAAUCCAAACUCAAUUAAACAAAGCUGAGAAUGGCAGUGCUGACAAAUUUCAAAGAAGAGAUGGUAGCAGUUUCCAUACAAAUGAUGAACAUGCUUUUGAGGAUUUUUCUCUUGACUUCAAUGAAGAUUUGAAAACUCAUCAUUCAGUUCGGUGUUCUCCUUCUCCAGGACCUUUCAAGCCCUGUGAUUGCCUCUUUGGUAGCUGGCUGAUCAGAGUUGGAGUUUGGACCUUAAUACUUUUAGCCUUUAUUUGUAAUAUAUUGGUGACUGCAACAAUCUUCAAAGUUCCACUGUUCAUCUCCUCCAUAAAGUUUAUAAUUGGACUAAUAGCUAUUGUAAAUACUCUCAUGGUUGUGUCUAGCAGUGUGCUUGCUAGUGUGGAUGCAUUAACCUAUGGAGUCUUUGCUCAAUAUGGAUCUUGGUGGGAAGAUGGAAUUGUUUGUCGUAUCAUUGGAAUUCUUUCCGUCUUUGCUUCAGAGGCUUCUAUUUUCUUGCUCACCUUAGCAACUGUUGAGCAUGUGUUCUCUGUUAAAUAUAGAACAAAAUUUGAAACCAAACACACUCUAGCUAACAUAAAAAUAGCCAUCAUCUUUUGUUUUGUACUGGCUUUAAUAAUUGCUGUGAUUCCAGUGCUCAGUGACAGCGAAUAUGGAGGUUCUCCCUUAUGCAUACCACUACCUUUUGGGAAACCAUCAGGUGUGGGUUAUACAGUAGCAAUGGUCUUAAUGAACUCUUUUUGUUUUCUUGUAAUGACAGUAGCAUACACAAAACUCUACUGUAGUCUGGACAAGGGAGAAAUGGAUAGUAUUUUGGAUUGCUCCAUGAUCAAACACAUAGCCUUAUUACUUUUUAUUAACUGCAUUCUCUAUUGUCCUGUGGCCAUCUUAUCACUUUCAUCAUUAUUAAACCUUCAUUUUAUUAGCCCAGAAGUCAUCAAACCAAUACUUUUAGUGAUUGUUCCCCUUCCUGCAUGUCUAAACCCACUUCUAUACAUACUUUUUAAUCCUCAUUUCAGGAAGGACCUGAGAAGGUUUCAAAAGCCUUCAUUUGGAUGGAAAACAUCAAAGCAUCCUAGUUUGGUCUCUGUCAAUUCAGAGGAUGCAGAGAAACAGUCGUGUAAUUCAACUCAAGCUCUAGUAACCUUUGCAAGUGCCAGAAUAUCAUACGAUGUUGCUCCCAGAAAUCCAAUAGUGCCAUCAUCCUGCGAAUGCAGUGAAAGCUGUAACCUUUCAUCCAUCACAUUUGUCCCAUGCCACUAACUUCAUUUCAGAAGUUAAAAAUUAAAAAUAGAUGAAUGUGCACCUAUUGCUUAUAAAGAGAGAAGCAACCAACUACUCUGAUUUUAUGGGAAAGAAAACUGAAAUUGUGAAAUUUCAGUACAGGUAGUUCUUGACCUACGAACACAAUUGAGUCUAAAAUUUAUGUUGUUAAAGGAGACAUUUGUUAAAUGAGUUUUGCCCCAUUUUAUGACCUUUCUUGCCUUAGCUUUUUAAGUGAAUCACUGCACUUCGUAAGUUAGAAUUGAGUGAAUCUGACUUUCCCUCUUACUUAUGAGAAGAUCGCAAAAGUGGAUCACAUGAUCUUGGGGAUCACGUGGGACACAGCAACUGUCAUAAGUAUGAACCAGUUGCCAAGCAUCUGAAUUUUGAUCACAUGAUCAUUAGGAUACUACAAAGGUUGUAAGUGUUAAAAAUGGUCAUAAGUCAUUUUUUGAACGUUCACUAAAUGAACUGUUGGAAGUUGAAGACUGUCUGUACAUACCCGAUAUUAUCAGCUUUUUCAAAAGUAGAUAUGCCAGUUAUCUUUUAGUAUCCUGAAAAAUUCAAACGGUUGGUACUAUUUAUGCAAUUGACUUUGAAUUUUGCAAAGGGAGAAAGGAAAAAGAGAAGGAGAAAGAGGAGAAACACAAAUUCCAAGGAAAGUAAAUAAAGGUUCUCUCUUGGGAUCUUUUUUGUUGUAAUGAAACUUCCACUCAACUACUGAAACUAGAGAGGGAAUAAUGCUUUAUUUAGUGACCGUUCAAAGUUACAACAGCAUUAAAAAAAAAAAUUUGGAUCAGUCCUUGCAUUUAUGACCAUCGCAAAAUCCCUCAGUCACCAUUCACAUACUUCACAACUGGCUUCCCACAAGCAGAGGGAAGUGGGAAGUGGACAGUGCAGAAGUAAAAUUGCAAGUUGCAUGAGUCUUGCUUAAUGACCAAAUUGGAAAUAUCAUAAGCCUGUCAUGGUCCCAUGAAUUUCUGCCUACUGGCCACAGUACUUAGCAACCGAGUUGCCAGUCCCAAUUGUGAUCAAUUUAGCAAGGAUUCCCUAGUGCUCUUAAAGCGUAAUACAAAUAGUCCUCAAUUUACAACUGUUCAUUUAAUGUUCAAAGUUUCAACAACCCUGGAAAAAAGCUAACGAUCGUUGAAGCAUCACCAUGGUCAUGUGAUCAAUAUUCAGUUGCUUGGCAAUUGGCAUGUAUUCCCAGAGUCAUGUGAUAACCAUUUGUAACCUUUCCAGCCAGUUUCCAACAAGCAAAUUCACUGGGGGAAGCCAGAUCACUUAAUGAUCACAUGAUUCACUUAACUGCAGUGAAUCAUUCAAGAUCUCUGGCAAAAGUCAUAAAAUGGAGCACAUCUCACUUAAUAAUUCUUGCUUAGUAAAGGAAAUGUUGGGCUCAAUUGUGGUCAUAAGUUGAGGACUCUCUGUAUACAUCUGAGCUGCCCUCAAUAUUCUUUUUGUGAUAUGUCUAAAAGCUAAGAAUGUUACAUGUAUAAAGGAAUCCUGAAAACAGAAAAUACCAAAUAGAAAUGGCUUCUAAUCUUUUCAUAACUUGUUGGCAUCUGAGAUUCAGUUGAAUCUUAGGAUAUCUGUUAACUUACUGGACUUGUUUAGAAAAGUCAUAGGAAUGAUAUGAACAGAAUAACUUAUAUGAAGUUCUGCGCUGUGUCAGUUUUAUCCAACUGACUUAUGCAUCCAUGGAAAUAACAUGAAGAAAUUAUGCACUAUAUAUAUUUAAACCUUAUAUUUUGAAACAGUAAAGCCUAGAACUAGAAGUCUAUUCUUCAAACCAUUUCAAAUUAGAGAUCAUCUGCCAAUUCUUGAAAAAUGUAUCUUACUACAUUUAUUUAAUUUUUCACAGUGGUUUGGUAAUAUAUAUAUUUUCUUUUAUGACUGUAUUUACAUUACUAUACAAAUUUAAGAAAAAGAAAAACAUCUAAGAAAGUAUUUUAAUAUUAAAAUAAACAGUAGAUAACAUAAAUCAGGAUGCAACGCAUACCUGAACAGGCUUGUAAAUGGAUCACAAGCUUCCUAACGAACAGGAAGCAGCAGGUGAAGCUAAGCAGGAUCACAUAAGAUACCUGUACAAUUAGCACAGCCCCCCCCCAAGGCUGUGUGCUCUCCCCACUUCUCUUCUCUCUGUAUACCAAUGACUGCAUCUCCAACAAUCCAGCUGUUAAAACUACUGAAGUUCGCAGAUGACACAACAGUGAUUGGUCUCAUUCGAGACAAUGAUGAAUCCGCAUACAGACGGGAGGUCGAACGACUAGCCUCGUGGUGCGACCGAAACAAUCUGGAACUGAACAUACUCAAAACCGUAGAAAUGGCGGUAGACUUUAGGAGAAACCCUUCCAUACUUCCACCUCUCACAUUACUAGACAACACAGUAUCAACAGUAGAAACCUUCAAAUUUCUAGGUUCCAUCAUAUCGCAAGAUCUAAAAUGGACAGCUAACAUCAAAAACGACAUCAAAAUACAAAAAAGAAUGUUCUUUCUGUGCCAACUCAGAAAGCUCAAACUGCCCAAGGAGCUGCUGAUCCAGUUCUACAGAGGAAUUAUUAAGUCUGUCAUCUGCACCUCUAUAACUGUCUGGUUUGGUUCUGCAACACAACAAGAAAGACACAGACUUCAGAGGAUAAUUAGAACUGCAGAAAAAAUAAUUGCUACCAACCUGCCUUCCAUUGAGGACCUGUAUACUGCACGAAUCAAGAAGAGUGCCGUGAAAAUAUUUACAGAUCCCUCACAUCCAGGACAUAAACUGUUUCAACUCCUACCCUCAAAACGACGCUAUAGAGCACUGCACAACAGAACAACUAGACACAAGAACAGUUUUUUCCUGAAUGCCAUUACUCUGCUAAACAAAUAAUUCCCUCAACACUGUCAAACUAUUUACUAAAUUUGCACUAUUAAUCUUCUCAUCGUUCCCAUCACCCAUCUCCUUCCACUUAUGACUGUAUGACUUUGUUGCUGGUAAUCCUUAUGAUUUAUAUUGAUAUUGAUUGUUUCCUGAUCGCUUAUUUGUACCCUAUGAUUAUUAUUAAAUGUUGUAUCAUUAAGUGUUAAAUUUCUACCCUAUGACCAUCAUUAAGUGUUGUAAGUGUUGUACCUUGAUGAAGGUAUCCUUUCUUUUAUGUACACUGAGAGCAUAUGCACCAAGACAAAUUCCUUGUGUGUCCAUUCACACUUGGCCAAUAAAAAUUCUAUUCUAUUCUAUUCUAUUCUAUAAUAUUAUAUAAGCAAGUUAAAUUGCUUAAAAAUGCAAGUAUAAUUUGGAAAUAUUAAAAUUCAUUUCAGAGAAGAUUUUAAAACAAAAUGUGUAAAUAUAGAAUUAUUUAUCUUAAUAGUAAAAUCAUACUCAAAUAUGAUAAUAAGGCAUGUAGUUUCAUUUUGCUUUAAUUACUAGAUUUCUAUUUCCAGUUGAUAUCUGUUUAAAUUUUUGAUCUGUAAAUAUGUAAAUUUCUAAUGAUUGUAAAUACUGU